UGAUUAUACAAAUUGUUUUAGGUUGCCGUGAAGACACUCCAUAUGCAGCACACAGACACUAACAAGCGAGAAUUUUUAUCGGAAGCGAAGACCAUGAUGUCGUUAAGGCAUCGAUGCAUAGUGCGCAUGAUUGGAAUAUCUUUGGGUCCACCUCUAGCGAUGGUACAAGAGCUCGUCCCGCUAGGCUCGCUACUAGAGUAUCUAGUCCGGUAUCCAGACAAAGUGUCGGCGGGCUACGAGCUUCGGCUGUGGGCGUGCCAGAUCGCCGCCGGCAUGAGAUACCUGGAGCGCCGCCGGUUCGUGCAUAGGGACCUGGCUGCAAGGAACAUACUGCUGGCUAGCAGGUGAGUUUAUUGGUUAUAU